AUGAAGCAAAAGCUCGUGAUCAAGGUGUCUAUGAACGGCCACACCUCGAGAUUUUAUUGCUUCGGCCCCCAAAACCCUCACUCUAAAGCUUUGAAAGUUGCGGGUGGCUUUCCAGGAGUUCAAUCCGUGGCACUGGCGGGCGACCGAGACCGGAUCGAGGUGACCGGAGAUGUCGACGCGGUCAACCUCACCACUUUGCUUAGGAAGAAAGUCGGGUUCGCGGAGAUAGUGUCCGUGAGCGAGGUCAAGAAGGAAGGCGACGGCAGAGACACUCCUGGCAUAACGAUGGACCCACAGCCCAUGAUGUGGCCGUCGUACCCUCGCCGUGAAAUAGUCUACCUCGAGGAUCCAUACCCUCAACCCCGGAGCUGGCCCUUGUAGGAUCAACGAAGAUCGACGAUGAUGACUUAUCAAUAAGUACGACAUU